AUGACUGAUUUCGACCAAUCCACCAAUUUUCUAUUGGAAUAUUUCCCCAAGUUACCAGAUGAUAUAAUUUUACUAAUAACAGAACAAUUGCCCCUAGAAUAUGUAAUCGACUGGUUAAUCAAAAUCCCGAUUGUACAAGAUAUUGUGAUUGGCACUUUAUACAACCAUAAUGACCUCCAAUUCUUGAUAUCUCCCACUAAACGACCAUAUAUGAAUCAUAUAUCAGCUUUAAAAUCAAAGUUAACAACGUUUAAAGGAUAUUAUCAGAUUAGUACUUUUAUCAAAGAAAACUCUUCUCGAUUUAUUCCCAAAAAAGUAUUACUCAUGAGUGGUGGUGAUUGGAGUGCUGUGGAAGAAUUAAUUACAAAUUUUAAGUCUUGGUUAGUUCAAGUUGAAUCUAUUGAAAUCGCAUUGGAAAGUAAUGAAAUCACCCCUUCUGAUCUCAAGUUAUUACUAGAGUUCAAUAAUUUGACCAAGAUCCAUUUUUCGGCAGUUUCUUUAACCAAGUGCAUACUGUUUUUGCAGAACAAUAGUUUAUUAAUUGAUCAUCCAAGUUUGAAUAAUAUUAUAUUUUUGAAACACGGUAUUGUGAAUUGGACUGGAAUAAAGUUUCCUCGUAAACUUGAAUCAUUGGAUUUGUCGUGGGAAUCAAAAGUUGAUAUUACUACUGUCGAGGUUCCUGCCUCCUUGAAUGAGUUAUACUUUAAUUUGGCAAAUGUAUCACAACUUGAAAAUAUCAAGUCACAAAUUAGUAGCAUCAAUCUAACCACUUUAAUGUUGACUCAUGAUGGACUCACGGAGAUUAGUUUGAAGGCUUUGCCUUCCACUUUAACAACUUUAGACGUCUCAGAAAACCCAAUUUCGAAAAUAAGUGAUGUUGAAUUUGGAUGGCCACAAAACUUGACUACCUUGUUAUUAGACACAAACAAUUUAACGAAUGCUUCGGUAGCUGCUAUCACUGAAUGGCCAAAAAACUUGAAAACAUUAAGGUUAAAAUCAAGCAAAUUAACUAAUAUUGCAUGUUUAAUAAACCUACCUGAUUCCAUAGAGAUUUUAGAUUUAUCUUACAACAGAUUUGAAACAUUGUUGGUCAACAAUAAUGGCGAUUUUUUUGUUUUCCCAAAAAAUUUGAAAUAUUUGCAAAUGGUUGGUUGCAAUCUUUUGCCACCUCAAACAAUUAAAAAUUAUAUGGAAUUCCCAGAAAAUUUAGAAAAAUUGAAUUUGACUCAUUGCUAUUUACUGACAUUGUUUUAUUUUAAAUUUCCAAAUUCAUUGGUUGAAUUGGCUUUAAGUGGGAAUGCAAUUCAAGAUUUGACCUCAUAUAACGAUGUCAAUAAGAAUUGGACAGAUUUGGUUAAUUUGCAGGAUCUAGAUUUGUAUUCAAAUCGAAUUGAUACUCUUCAACAAUGGGUUCCUCCAAAUAGUUUGAGGAAUCUUAAUUUGGGAUUCAAUUUAAUAGAUGAACUUCCCAAUAGUUGGCCAUUAUUCAAUGAUAUGUUUAAUAAGCAAUUACAACUUGUUGAUUUACGAUUAAAUGUUUGUUCCAUUGAAAAAAUAGCUGAAGAGUUGAAUCUCCCUCCACAAAUGAAAGUACUAGAUCUUUCAAACAAUUCACUAACUGGCCCCUUUUAUCUACUGAGAAGUCUUAAACAUUUAUACGUGUUAAAUUUAGCUGAAAAUUCAAUUGAUGAUAUCAAGAUCAUUCAUGAGGAUGACGAUCCUUGCAGAUUAUAUCUUUUGAAUCUUAGUUAUAAUCGUAUAUGUACAAAAACCCGAAAUAAAGAAGCAAUAGAGGCAUUCUAUGAAAAAUUAGAGUUGGGAUUAAACAUCAAAAUUAGGAAUAAAAAAUUUAAAGUGAAUAGCUUACACCAGCUUCAAUGA